AUGUGGUUAAGAUACGGCGAGUUGAGCGAGAAGCGCAGGGAGUUAGGCCUGCAUAGUGCUGCGUCAUGCUGGGCGUUCGCGGUGUUCCUGACGGCGAUCCUGGCGGUGGCCGGGGAGGACGUCGAUCCUACUGACGCUGUCGAUCCCGUCGACGCCUUGGAUCCUUCCAGCCUGGUCGGUCAGCUAACUGUGUCCCAGCUAAAGGAGCUCAUCGCGGAGACGAUGACCCAAGCAUCCUCCACUUACAAGCAUGAUCCUCCUGCACACAACGCACCGACUACAGCGAGACGGGCCGACGGCGACCUGGCUGGUGGAGAAACAACCUGUGCGGGCGCCGAGGAGUUCUACGCGCGCUACUGCUGCCGCUCCUGCACCUUGGCCAAGCAGAUCCCCACCUACGGGCCUCAUCUCAGCCUCACCGCGAAAGCCCCGAUAAGCAUCAACGUCACCACGGACACGAUAAAGCACACCCGGGGGAGUAACAUCACCAUUACCUGCGAGGCCACGGGGUACCCGACGCCCGAGGUUGUAUGGUUCAAAAAUUACAAUGAAAUCAGCAGCACUGGGGAGUACCAGGAAGAUACCGAGGUUCUUGGUGGAAUCCUGGUGAAGACAAUACGGAGUAACCUUAUUAUUGAUAACUAUUCGGUGGAUUAUUCGCAUUUUCAGUGCAUGGCCAUCAACAGUGAAGGACUUGCUAAAAGCUCCAUCACAAUAUAUAUCGAGGAUGAGCUUUCAGUCGACCUCCUGCCGGAAGUGCCAAUCAUGGAAGCCAAGAACGACGUGGUCCUCGACUGCGUGGCCACAGGAACGGACGUCAAUGAAGUCAUUUGGUUCCGGGAAGUGGAACUCAUCCACAACUCGAAUGAAUAUAGGAUUAUUGAGCGGAGAUCAUUCGAGGAAGGACUCACGAAAAUCCACUCCAAGCUGACUAUUCUGAGGCACAAGACGGAAGAUAGCGGCAGUCUCUUCACCUGCUCCGCGAUCGACAGAAAGGGAGGGAACAAGGAGAAGUGGAAGAGAGUCUACAUCUCAGACGUUGGCAUUCAUCCCAAUUGCCACGACCUCGCCGGCAGAAAGGCGUGCUACGAGGAGAGCCACAGAUGCGAGUACAAACAGGAGUAUGUUUACCGUUACUGCUGCAAAACGUGCACGCUGAUGGGGGUCCUGCCGACGUACGGACCUCACUUAGGAGGCGACGCCGAGGCACCUCUGGAAGUCUAUAUCCGAGCAAACAGCACCGAAGUCCCGUACUUCUGGCUUCCUUUGGUUCUGCGGCGGGUUCCUGGCAGAAGCGUCAUGUGGCUGAAGCGGGGCGAGAUGAUUAAAGAAUCUGAUAAUAUACGCAUAAAACACGACUCCACCUGCAGCCCCUUAAUCUGCGAAGUGAACGCCUCGCUCCUCAUCAAGGGAAUCAAAAUUAGCGACACCGGCAGGUACAUCUGCAGAUCCUCCAAUGUGAUCGAGAUGAAAGAUGCUACUGUCCUGCUACGAUCUACGGAAGAUGGAGAAAUAUACAUCGAUGUCGACAACAGUUAGUAGUAGAUGCUCAUGAGGUCCCGCAGGAUAUGUCCAUCGUCCUCCUCACACGCAGGAUUUUGCGUCAGUUUUAUUGAUUUUCAUUAUCACCGUCUCUUUACAGCAUUUUUACAACUACAGAUGUAUUCUCAUAGGUCGUCGCUCCUGACUCAGAAUGAAGCAGUAUCGCAGUUAGGUUUAUAUAGUAUUAUGGUUAAGGUUAUUUCUUGGAACGUUGGACUUAUUAAUGAAAUAAAUAUUAUUUUCUG